AUGCUAGCUAACACCUACUUUUCGAAAACUAAUUUCAGUGCCGCUCAACAGCACAAAAAACGUCUAAUUCCACUACGGAAGACAGAUGCUAUGAAUCAUGCAGAACGUCGAAAUUUCAUGAUUUUGGAUGAUGUCUGGCGUUCUGGCGGAAGUGAAUGUUUUCAAAUAAUACCACCUGGUGGGAUUGGACCAGAUGGGGAGCCGAUGUUUUUGCGGUUAAAUAUUGGCGGCACUCGUUAUAUGCUCCUUGUCGAUGCUCUUCUCAGAGCCGAUCCUUCGGGAUUUCUAGCAAAAUUCGUCCAACUCACCCAUACUGCCAGAUUAAAGGUCAUUUCGGAAGAUUCCUAUUUCUUCCAAAGAUCUCCGGUAGCAUUUGAUGCUAUAUUUCAAUACUAUGCUACCGGCGUGGUUCAUCGACCUUCAGAAGUAAGUCCAUUCAUUGAACAGUUGAAGCAAAGAAACAUUUUCAUCCAUUAUCACCAAGACAAGAAGUGAUA